AUGGCGGCCUCCGCCUCGGACUCGAAGCGCUCGGAGGAGUCGCAAAAAGUAUCCGCACACCGAGCCUCCCACGCCCACGCCGAGGACCGCCUCUUCAAGCACCUCUUUAGGGGCUACAACCGCUGGGCAAGGCCGGUGCCCAACACCUCAGACGUGGUGAUCGUGCGCUUCGGGCUGUCCAUCGCCCAGCUCAUCGAUGUGGAUGAGAAGAAUCAAAUGAUGACCACCAACGUCUGGCUAAAGCAGGAGUGGAGCGACUACAAGCUACGUUGGAACCCGGCCGAUUUCGACAACAUCACAUCCCUCCGGGUCCCUUCGGAGAUGAUCUGGACCCCCGACAUUGUCCUCUACAACAAUGCAGAUGGGGAGUUCGCCGUGACCCACAUGACCAAGGCCCACCUCUUCUCCUCCGGCACCGUGCACUGGGUGCCGCCCGCCAUCUACAAGAGCUCCUGCAGCAUCGACGUCACCUUCUUCCCCUUCGACCAGCAGAACUGCAAGAUGAAGUUCGGCUCCUGGACCUACGACAAGGCCAAGAUCGACCUGGUGCAGAUGGAGCAGACCGUGGACCUGAAGGACUACUGGGAGAGCGGCGAGUGGGCCAUCCUCAACGCCACGGGCACCUACAACUCCAAGAAGUACGACUGCUGCGCGGAGAUCUACCCCGACGUCACCUACGCCUUCGUCAUCCGCCGCCUGCCGCUCUUCUACACCAUCAACCUCAUCAUCCCCUGCCUGCUCAUCUCCUGCCUCACGGUGCUGGUCUUCUACCUGCCCUCCGACUGCGGCGAGAAGAUCACGCUCUGCAUCUCGGUGCUGCUCUCGCUCACCGUCUUCCUGCUGCUCAUCACCGAGAUCAUCCCGUCCACCUCGCUGGUCAUCCCGCUCAUCGGCGAGUACCUGCUCUUCACCAUGGUCUUCGUCACCCUCUCCAUCGUCAUUACGGUCUUUGUGCUCAACGUCCACCACCGCUCUCCCAGCACCCACAACAUGCCGCACUGGGUGCGGGUGGCCUUUCUGGGCUGCGUGCCUCGGUGGCUUCUGAUGAGCCGCCCCCCGCCCCCGCUGGAGCUCCGUGACGCUCCAGGUCUGAAGCUCGGCCCCUCGUACCACUGGCUGGAGACCGAUGUGGACGCGGAGGGGGAGACGGUGGAGGAGGAGGAAGAAGAAGAGGAGGAGGAGGAGGACAGAUGGGCGUGUCCCAGUCGUUCCUCCCCCUCCAUGGGCGUCCCCUACAAUCACGGAGGUCUACCCCCGGGGUCCUCAGGUGCCAAGGCCGAGGCCCAGUUGCCGGUGUGUGGGCUCCUGCUGUCACCACGCAUACAGAAGGCCCUGGAGGGCGUGCACUAUAUUGCGGACCACCUGCGAUCUGAGGAUGCUGACUCUUCAGUGAAGGAAGACUGGAGGUACGUGGCCAUGGUCAUCGACAGGAUAUUCCUCUGGCUCUUUAUCCUUGUCUGCUUCCUGGGGACCAUUGGACUCUUUCUUCCUCCGUUCCUGGCUGGAAUGAUCUGAUGACACAUCAUGGCCCCGAGGUGGCAUGGCUGACCCUCUUUAACUGCUGCCACCACUGGAGUGCACCUUUGGUAUCCACACCAUUAGACUGCAGGGGCCUCUCCCAGAGUCCCGCCAUCGAAGGCGUCUUGGAAUGAGUCACUGACAUAAUCUGUGGGACACAGAGCCCAGCUCGGAUGCUGAGGAGCUGGGCAAGAAGGAACUUGCUUCACAGAAGCUGCCGACACAAUGGUGACAGUAUGAAGCCACAAUGAUGCUCCUGAGACGCAGAUGCUGAGGGA